AUGCCGGUUGCAGCUCGUCACCUUUUAGAUGCUUCCUUACCAGAGCAUGAGCAUUCCAAGGCAGAGUUGCCAAAACCUGAACUUCCAAAGCCUACCUUGCCCGAGCUUCCUAAACCCACAGUGCCCGAACUCCCGAAGCCCGUUUUUCCUGAGCUUCCCAAGCCCACAUUGCCUGAACUUCCCGAACCCACCUUACCAGAGCCUCCUAAACCCAAGUCCCCUAAACCCACUGUGCAUGAAUUGGAUGAGGCGCCCAAGCCUAUUGAGCAUGAAUUGCCCAAGCCUACACUGCCAGAGUUGCCAAAACCUAGUGUACCUGAAAUGCCUAAGCCCGUCUUACCCGAGAUAACAGAGCUCCCCAAACCCAUUGUGCACCAAGUACCCAAGCCAACACUACCAGAACUACCAAAGCCUAAAUCUGUUGAGGCGCCCAAGCCUACCGAGUAUGAAUUGCCAAAGCCUACGUUACCAGAGCACCCUAAACCUAUUGAAAUGCCUAAAUCCCAUUUGGACGAGCUUCCCAAACCUACUUUUCCCUAA